AUGUACGGCACGAACAUGGGUACACCCCCCAUGCAAGCAGCCGAUGAUGAUGAUUUUGAUGACUCCGAUAUCGACGACGAAGAGAUGUUGGACGUGGCCGAAGACAUUGAAAACUUUGAAAAGACCAACACACUCAACUGGAACCAGGGACCCCGCGACGUUUUCCAAGAAACUACUGGGAACCGGUUAGCGCAACGGCAAAGACCUGUUCCCAAAAAGACAGCAACAUCAAUCGCAUCAGGACUACCAGCUUCAAGUGCUCAUCCUCAGUAUCAAUGGUCCCGAGACGUCAAAGCGGUCCUCAAAGAUAGGUUUCACUUGCGAGGCUUUCGUCCAAACCAGCUCGAAGCCAUCAACGCCACCCUGGCUGGCAAAGAUUGCUUUGUGCUCAUGCCUACGGGAGGUGGGAAAUCUCUAUGUUAUCAACUGCCAUCUGUCAUAUACUCCGGCAAGACUCGGGGCGUGACGGUUGUAAUAUCGCCGCUUUUGAGUUUAAUGACAGACCAGGUCGCACAUAUGAAGAAUCUCAGGAUUCAGGCUAUGUCAUUCAAUGGAGAAACUAGCGCCACUGAGCGUCGUUGCAUCAUGGACGGAUUGCGGGAAUCACACGUCGAGAAGUUCAUCCAGUUGCUUUAUGUGGCCCCAGAAAUGCUCAGCAAAAGCGCAACUAUGGUCAGCGCAUUGCAAGCGCUUCAUCAACGUCAACGCCUCGCCAGGAUCGUGAUCGACGAGGCACACUGUGUUAGUCAAUGGGGUCAUGAUUUCCGACCUGACUACAAGCUCCUGGGAAAUCUCCGAAGGCAGUUUGUCGGUGUUCCUGUCAUGGCAUUGACUGCUACGGCUACUGAGAACGUCAAAGUCGACACCAUUCACAAUCUGGGUAUCAGAGGCUGCGAAGUGUUCGCUCAAAGCUUCAACCGGCCAAAUCUUUAUUACGAAAUUCGACAAAAAAGCAAAGGCACCGACGUCCUUGAGGAUAUCGCCAUGACGAUCAACAGUCAGUAUGCGGGACAGUCAGGCAUCGUGUACUGUCUUUCUCGUAAAAAAUGUGAGCUCAUCGCGAAAAAUCUGAAACAACGAUUCAACGUCAAGGCUCAACAUUACCACGCUGGAAUGAGUCCUUCUGAGCGCUCAGAAACCCAGAGGUCUUGGCAAACAGGUAAAUGCGAUGUCAUCGUUGCUACAAUUGCAUUUGGCAUGGGUAUCGACAAGCCUGAUGUGCGUUUUGUCAUCCACCAUAGCAUUCCGAAGAGCCUGGAAGGCUAUUACCAGGAAACUGGCCGCGCAGGACGCGAUGGAAAACGGUCCGGAUGCUUUCUCUAUUAUGGUUACCAGGACACGAACACACUCAAAUGGAUGAUUGACAAGGGAGAAGGUGAGAAGCUGCAAAAAGAUCGACAAUACGCCAUGCUUCGGAACGUGGUCCAGUACUGCGAAAACAAAAGCGACUGUAGAAGAGCUCAAGUCCUUGCAUACUUCAACGAGCAAUUCAAGCCCGAGGAUUGCAAUAACACUUGCGACAAUUGCAAUUCAAGUAGCACUUUCGAGCCUCGAGAUUUCACGGAGGAUGCCAUUGCAGCCAUCAGCUUAGUGCGAAAAAUCCAUGAGCAACAGGUCACGAUACUGCACUGUGCUGAUGUCUUUCGAGGCGGCAAAUCGAAAAAGAUUACGGACCUCCAUCAUAAUUCGCUAGAUGAGUACAGGGCAGGGUCUCACCUAGAACGCGGCGAGGCCGAACGACUAUUCAACCGCUUGGUGAGCGAGGAUGCUCUCAAAGAAUACAACGUCCUCAACGGAGCCGGAUUUGCAUCUCAAUAUAUUAAACCUGGUAAAUAUGCCGACGAGUUUGGCUCUGGGAGACGGCGACUUAUAAUCCAUGUCCGUGCCUCCCCUAAUAGCAAAAGCACAAAGGGCAAAGCUGCACCGAAAAAGAAAGCUCAAACCGGUGUGGCUGCCGCCUGCGGUGGCCUUCCUCUUUCUACCAACGUCUCCUCGCCGAUACAAGCUGCAGCACGCAGACGCAAGAUUCAAAGCUACAGGCUCGACAAUCAGGAUGCUCUCCACGCCAAUGGCUAUGAGAGCGAUGAGUUUGUGGCCAAUGGCGAGGAAAACUCCGACGACGACUCGGAUGACUUCGAGCCUAUCCGAACGACGUCCAAACGAAAGAGGGCGACGGUCCAAAAGCUCGGCCCUCCAAUCACCAUAGACGAAAAGAUGGACGGUCUUACCGAGUUACACCGGGAAGUCGUCGAGAACUUCGUGCGGGAGGCCAGACGGGAGUGUGAAAAUGUCAUGAUGGCCAAAAACCUUCGUGCUCAUCCAUUCACGGACACAAUGCUGCGAGAGAUGGCGAUCAGUUUCCCCGCGAGCCUUGACGACAUGCUGGCCAUCCCAAACAUCAACGCGGAAAUGGUAAAGCAUUACGGCAAACGUUUCCUAAAGUUGAUUGAGAAAGCCUCGGUCUUUUACGCAAGCAUGAUGGAAGAACAAGACGGUCAAAGGGCACCAAUGGACCCGAAUCGCGAGAUUGUCGAAAUCAGCGAUGAUGACGACGGCAAUGAUGGUGGCGAUGAUUUCGACCUCGAUCUAUCGCCGCAGGAUGUGCGUAGCUCAUACUUCCAACAGGAAGAUGAUCCGGAUGUCACGGCAUUCAACGCGAAGUUUGAGCAAUGGCAAGAUGCCGCACACACAUCCCAAAAAGCUCGCGCAGUAUCUCCGAAGAAUCAACGGGGCAAGUUUGGGAACUCGAGCAAAAACUUCUCUCGCAAACAUUCGCGCAGGUCUUCGGGCGGGUUCAGUAAGGGACGGAGCAAUAGUGGAGUGACGAAGAAGACGACGAGCAAGAAGCGCGAAUCUGGCAACGGAUUCAAGUUCAAGCCCAAGAGGGGUGGUGGCGGCGGUGGUGGUGCAACGGGGGGCAUUGGUAUGAUGCCGAUAUGA